GAGUCGGUAUGGGUUGUCGAGCAGUGAGACUCAUUCCCAACGCUUUGCUUUUCCAGAUCCCUCUCGACAUCGUUGCUUGCAAUCCCGCCAACCUGGCUGUCGACGUCGAAUGCUUAAGACUCAGGCCCCCUCGCCGUCGCUUGACACAAAUUCUCAACAUGCACCGUCUCUGGCAGACCUGAGCAGGAACGCUUCGGUCAUCUCAUCUUCAUCUAGCUCAAGUUCCGUUUGUGAUCUUACUCUCCAAACCCCUACACGACCUCGUCCUAUACGAACUUUCUCCUCUCCCCACCGACCCCUUCGCUCUAGAAGCCCUCAGUCACCAAGUACGCCUCGGGGAUCCAAACCACCAGCAUACCUCGCCCGAGAGUUGGGUAUUGAAGAAGACUCGGAAGACAGAGCAACAGAGCUCAAACCGACUGAGCUCAAGCCACCUGCUUCUCGUGCCCAGUCGAGGUCAAGGAACAGUUCUGUCAACGGGCGUAUUAGCGCCAAUGACUUCGAGUUCGGGCGGGUGCUUGGGGAGGGCUCAUAUUCCGAAGUAAGGCUUGCUAGAAACAAGAACAAUGGCCAGGAGUAUGCCAUUAAAGUCCUGGAUAAAGGCCACCUCAAACGUAAGAAUAAGUUGAACGUCGCUAUCUCGGAGAAGAAUACACUCGUAAGACUCGGUUCUGGACAUCCCGGUAUCGUGCGACUACAUUCUGCAUUUCAAGACGACUGGAGUCUAUUCUUCGUUUUGGACCUCGUAAGAAAUGGCGACUUACAAUCCCGCAUAAAACGCUUGGGAUCGUUGUCAGUGGACUGUGCAAGAUAUUAUGCUGCGCAGAUCGUAGAUGCACUUGAUUACAUGCAUUCCAAGGGCGUGAUUCACCGUGACCUAAAACCGGAGAAUCUGCUGCUGGAUGAUGAUUUCCGUAUCAAAAUUACCGACUUUGGUACUGGGAAGAUCCUCGAUGCUGGAGGCGAGCGUGCGAAGACGUUUGUCGGCACGCCGGAAUACGUUUCUCCUGAAUUGCUUGAAGUUAGUGAGACAAGUAGAAGCUCUGACCUAUGGGCUUUGGGUUGCAUCAUUUAUCGAAUGAUCGCUGGUCAAUUUCCUUUUCAAGGACUUUCGGAGUAUCUUACAUUGGAGAAGAUCAAGAUACUCGAAUAUACUUUUCCGGAGGGUUUCGAUGAACAGGCAAAGGACCUGGUGCAGAAACUCCUUGUACGUGACCCAACACAACGUCUUGGGGCAGGAGAGCCAGAUAGUCCCAAUAGCAUGAAGGCACUCCGCUCACAUCCGUUCUUCAAUACAAUCAACUGGAGUACUCUUUGGACUGGUAAAGCGCCUCCAUUGGAACCCGGUCUUGUUAAAAGGGAACAAGAGACCAGCGGACGGUCCAGUUUGAAUAAUUGGGAAGAUGUUGGUGCCCAAUGGGACGAGAUGGUUGAUGGGGCGGCUGAUGGGGACGACAUGAGCUGGGCCUCGGAGGGGGACGGGGAGUACCAGCUUGGAGCACCAUCAGCAAAUGCUAAUGGUGUCAGUGGUGUCAAUGGACACCACGCACCUGAAGAGGUUGGGCCCAAAGACGAGCGCAGACCGUAUCAAUUCCCAGCGUUACCUCCGCCGGAUUCACCGGAUCCUGAGCCACAAGCACAGCUCGAAAUCGUACCAGACCCACAAACAUCUCCAUCAUCACAGACAAAUGGCCAGAAUUGCUCUGGAGUUCGUUUUGCUAAUGAGGAGAAGACCCAAGCGGAGAAGGAGGCGGAGGAAGGUAGGGACACGGUACCACCCACGUUGGAUGACAUUCCCGUGGCAGUGCGAACUCAACCUAUUGAUAUUCCUCCACGGACGAUUCGAGACUCGUAUUCUACGGGUUCAACUACAAGCUCUUCGGACGGUAGUCCCGUGGAUAAGCUCGCGAGUGCCCUUGAUGGCGUCGAGUUGAACCGGGGUCGAAACCGUGCUCAGACACCUAUCCAGGGGCACGCCCCGUCUAAGGAUGAAGAAUGGUCCAACCUUCUACAAUCAGGUGAAACGGUCAUAUUCAACGCGAAUGUGGAAACAAGUCCUCUCCGUCGUCGAGCGAGUCGCCUCCUGGCUAUGGCAGUGGCACCGAGACGAAAGUCGCGAGAGUUGGUGCUCACAGAUAGACGGCUUUUCUGUCUGAAACAUAAGCCUGGGAGGCCGUACUCCGUCAGAUACGAAUUUCCUCUACGACUUCCGCUUAAAGAGAAGGAAAGCAGGUAUCAUGUUACUGGCGUUGAACCGAAGGGCGACCGAGAGUUUGUAGUGUUGACGCAAUCCAAGUCACACUCCUUCGUCGCGUCGAGUCCUUCACUAGCUUCCAUAUGGAUCCGCAAGAUCCGGGAAGCAAUCGAGAAUGAAAGUAAACGAAAGGAAAGAAAUAGUCAGUCCAAUGAACGGACGUGAAAUGGGUUGUAAUUUGUUUUCUCUUUCUCAGUAUCCUUAUUCUCUCUCUUCAGUUGGGACCAAGAGACUUUCGUAGUUCCAUCAUCAACUCUCUCAUUUCCAUUCUCACUCACUCACUCUAUCUUACAUUGUAGGCACAUUGUAAUAAUGCUUCAUAGGUCCUUUCACUUGAGCCUUGUAUUUUGUAGAUCGUAACCUCGUCUUGUUCAGUUUUAAUUUUGUCUUUUCUGUGCAUCGUGCUAGUCCUCUUAACUAUCCUUUUUUUUCUCGCAUAUCUGUCCAAUCUCUUUUCUUGCUGGUGGUCCAGACUUGCUGCAUCAUGUAACUGAUAGCACUUAUGUAUUUAGGAUACGAAUCAACAUAUACGUCCAAUCUUUUCGACAC